AUGGCGGCACUGCGGGACAUCUGGGAGGAGAUCGGUAUCCCCGAGGAGCAGCGCCUGGAGCGCACCGACGUCGUCAAGAAGCACAUCAAGAGCCUCCUGGACAUGAUGGUGGCAGAGGAGGAGAGCCUGAAGGAGCGUCUCUUGAAGAGCAUUGCUGUCUGUCGGAAGGAGCUUGAUGUCCUCUGCAAGGAGCUCCAGCUGGAUCCCUUUGAGGCGGAGGAAGAAAGCACCAUCCUGCAGAUGGAGAAGAACCUGCGGACCCGCGUGGAAGUGAUGUUAAAGCAGAAGAGGGACAGGAAGCAGGAGCUGAAAACUCUGCAAGAACAAGACCGAGACCUGUGCGACAUCCUCUGCACUGCCCCGUUCAGCAUCGACGGCAGCGCCGUGCCCAGCCUGGAGGACCUGGAUCGCUACCGGCGCCACUUGGCCGCCCUGGCGGCGGAGAAGGAGCAACGUCGAGAGGAGUUUGUCAGCAGAAAGCGGCAAAUCAUCCUCCUCAUGGAGGAGCUGGACCACACUCCAGACACCAGCUUUGAGCGGGACGUGGUGUGCGAGGACGAGGAGGCCUUCUGCCUGUCCACGGAGAACAUCGCCGCCCUGCAGAGC